CCACUGCUGGGUGGUACCGGCUGUUCUGGGCACUAUGGAAGCACUCCCCAGGCUGGCAGCAGAGGGAAGAGCUAGCUUGGGUCUCACACAGCUCUUUCUCUGCCCCUUCCCCAUGCACAGACCACAGGAAGGAGUUCAGGGAGCCAGGGUGACCCAGCUGCCGUCCAUCAGGAUGGUGAUGAAGGAGCUGAGUGGCCACCAUGCUGUGAGUGUCCCUCCUGCCUCUGCUCUGUCCCCAGGGGCUCCUCCAGCCCAGCAUCAGCUGCAUUGCUCCUCACCUUCUGCUCUUUUCCUCUUGCCCAGGGGACGACACUGGAUGACGGCAGCCUGGAGAAGAUGCUCCAGCUCCAGGCCCAGGCUGGUGCCAAGCAGCUGCCAGGUCCUGUGCCAUCCGGCAGUGAAGGCAGAUGUGGCCACAUGGAUGGCGGGACCCACAGGAGCAGGAGGAGGCUGCCCUGGCCAUUAGCACGGCCAGGGACCUUGGCUGCAGUAGGGGCACCAGGGCCAUUGGGCUCUGCUGGUGUAGGAGCUCUCUUUGGCCAGCCCCUGGCAGAUCUGUGCAGCCAGGAUGGCAUGCUGCCACAGCCCAUCCAGGACCUGCUGGCUCUGCUUAAUGAGCAUGGCCCAUCCACGGAGGGGAUCUUCCAGCUGGCAGCCAGCCAGCACGCACCCCACAAGGUCAGGGAGGCCCUGGACAGUGGGGUGCCAGUGCAGCUGGAAACCCAGCCCGUGCUGCUGCUGGCUGUCCUCUUGAAGGACCUCCUCCACAAUAUCCCCUCAAAGCUCCUCGACAUCCAGCCGUUCGAGGAGUGGAUGCGUGCCAUGAACAAGACCAGCAGGCAGGAGAAGCUGGCAGCACUGAAAGAGGUGGCCAGCAAACUACCAGAGGCCAACCUGCACCUGCUGCAGCACUUGCUGUUGCUGCUUAACAGGAUCAGCAGGAAUGUGGCCACAACGAAGAUGACUGCUGGGAACCUGGCCAUCUGCCUGGCACCAAACCUCCUGAGCCCACCCCAGGAGCUGCCCCUGGAUGUUCUUGCUCUGGAGACAGGGAAGGUGGUGCAGCUUGUGGAGUUCCUCAUCGACCACCAUGAGGAGCUCCUUGGAGAGCAGGUGGCUGGGCUGGCCAGCGAGGGGGAUGAGGAGACACCAGCACCACAAGCAGAGCUGGAAAUAGCAGAGGUGCCUCUUGUCGCUCCCGAGAGCAAACAGCAGAGGAGCUUUUCCGGGGAGAAAAGGUUCCCAGGCUCUUUGCAGAACAACAGGAAGCGAAGAGCAACCUGGGAAGAGGGCAGUGACGGGCCACUGUGCCAGAAAGGCUUCCCUGCCGACCCCACUGCCUGGUGA